AAUGGGCGAGCCCUGACAUUGUGUUUUACUCUGUGUUUUUGGUUUUCAUUAAGUUGAAUGAUAUAACUGAGUGUGGAAUGUUGUCUUCUUAGGGCCGUUGCAAUGGAAGGGAAAAAAGCAAGUGUAAGAAAAAAAUUAAAUUUUUUGUUUAUAUAUUAUUUAAUUAUCUUACGGAUUGUAGUUAGUAAUAAAUUUUUAUGAUUUUUUUUGUAGUGGCGACUUCUUAUCUCGAUGGAUUCAUCUAUCAUUAUUGAAAUGAAUCGUUUACUCCGACAGUGUCAUGUGGAUCGGAUUAGGAUGACACCAUUUAUGUGGUGUGUGAAUAUUAAUAACCCUGUGGAGGUGAAUUUAAAAUUAUUGAAGGUUAUGGUUAGCAGGUGGGUUGGAAAUGAUAACAGUUUUAGAGUUAGUCAAAAGUUGGUGCCCUUUAGAGUUGUUGAUGUGUUGAUGAGCUUAGGUUUAGAAAUAGGUGGUUUAGAGAUUCCCUUUGAUGAAGUAGUUGGUGGAUUGGUUGGUGAAAUGUUCAAAUCAAAAACCAUCAGUUUGAAGGACUUGACAGACAUGUUUAAUGUCAUUGUUGAUGAUAAAAACAUUGAAGUCGAUGUAGUGUGUAGGUUAUAUAUAUUAGUUUGUUUGGUUGUUUUCUAUUUCCCUAGGAAAUCAAGGCAUGUUUGUAACAUGCCUUUUGGAGUGUUAGAUGACUUAGACCGUUUGUGUCUAUAUGAUUGGUGCACCGGUGUACAUAAACACAUUGUAGAGAAUUUAAAUAAAUGUAAGAAGAAAAUUAUGGGAGCAGGUAUCCCCCAGUCAGUCACUCUCAGUGGCAAUGUGGCAGUGUUGCAGGCUUGGGCGGUUGAGAGACUUUCUUUGCAUGGUCAUCCUUCGCACCGGUUUUUCCCGCGCAUAAUGAGAUGGUUCCCGUUUAAAUCAAGGACCGAAAAAAUUGAAAAUAUUUUUAUGACCGGAGAUUUAAAUAUGGAGUGGUAUAUACGAAAUGAAGAUCGUCAUAGGCCGGAAAUCCGUGCAGCUUUCAACUUGGAUGACGAAGGAUCCUUGGGUGAAGGAUCCAAGGUUGACAAAGACGAUGAUGAAGACGAAAGCUCUGAUGACGGGGCAUGGGAAGCAGGUGCGGAGGAGAGAUUGAGGAAAAAUAACGAACAUAUCAGAGCAUUGAAUGCCAAGAUUGGAGUUUUGACUAGGGAGCUAUUUGAAAUUUAUCAAACUCCAAUCUUUCAUGAAGAAGAUGCAUGUGCCACUGAUGAAGAGGUUGGGGGGUGGAGUUGGAGGUGA